AUGAUCAGCAGCAUCGGCAGCGCUAUUCCAAUUGCUACUAAGAGCCAUGGCUGCUUGCUAGACGAGCUACCCGACGAUGUUCUGGCCAAUGUCUUCGCCGCGCUUGGCUCUGCGCGACACGUGGCAGCGGCCGGCGCAGUCUGCCGUCGAUGGCGCCGCCUCGUGCCGUUCGUCCCCUCGCUCUCCUUCUCCCGCCUCUCGCUCCCUGCUGCGAAAAUCGAAGAGGUGGUAUCGCGUAUGGUGAUGCGCUCCCAUGGCCUGUCGUCCCUCCAAGUGGAGUCCGUAAAUUGCGGCGCGAGUCACAGCGGCGUUGGCGGCGCCGCCAGCGCGCAUCCCCGCGAGUUCAUCGUCGAGGCGUGGGCCCGCCACGCUGGCAGCUCCCUCCGCCACGUCACCAUCACACAGCACAAGACCGUCACUGCCGCCGGAUAUUCCGCCGCAACUUCCGCUGGGGGCUCCGACGUUCCCAGCUGCACGGUCUACGCGGGCGGUCCGGACCUGAGCUCCCAUCUGCAGCAUCUCGCGUCACAUUGCCCAGACCUCUCCUCGAUUCGCCUCGGCUCUUUCAACCUCCCGCCCAAUUUCCUCCUCGGAAACUCCAUCUUUCCGCAUCUGCGCUCGCUUUCCCUCGAAUGGACCAACCUGGCGGGUUCCACGCUCCAAUCACUGCUCGACGCGUGUCCUAAUCUCCGCCGCCUCUCCAUCUUCAUGGCGGCCGGUCUCAUCGCCACUGGUGCGCGGGCCGCAGCCGUGGCGGCGGGACAGCGCGCGGGGCUGUGCUUGCGCCUUCCCGCGCGAUUGGAGUCCAUCAAACUCGCUUAUCUGCGCGUCUCCGCCGUCACGCUUAUCUGCAGCGAGGCUGUCUGUACUGGAGACAAGAGCGCAGUAAGCGGAGGCGACGGCCUCGGCGAGGUGUCGAUUCAAGAUAUGUUCCUCACCGCGCUUUCCCUCCCCAACGCGCGCGCGCUCGCGUCUCUCUCCGUCGCCACGGCCUCUGCGCUGCGCCUCUCCGCGCCCGCUUCCGCCGCCCUCGCGUCGCUCGAGGUCCGCGCGGGAACCGUCAACUGGCCGUCGCUGGAGUCGCUCGUCGCGGCCGCGGGAGCGGGGCUCAAGCACCUCGCGCUGGAUCUCUUCAGCGUCGAAUGCGGCGGCUCUGGCGCUCCGCGCAGCGGCGUGGCGACCUAUCCCCCGCGGGAGGCAGUGGCGGGCGACGGGAUUGGAGGAGAUGCGGCCACCAAAGCCACCGCGGGAAGCGUCAAUCUGCUGAAUUUGUAUUGGCUGAUUGGUCAUUGCCCUAAUCUCUCCUCGCUCUCCUUCGGCCCUCUACCAUGGGAGUGCCUUAUCCGCGGCGGCUGUAUCGCCACUCCUGGUUGGGCCCCUGGCUCAGGCUCGGGUGUGGGAGGUUCGGCAGAUGAUUGGGUGACGCAGGGUAGGGUGAUGAACCCAGUUGAUGUGGAUGCUUGGCCGACUUACUUGGAGAAACUUUCUGUGAAGCUUCGAAGAAGGAGCGGGGCUACACUGCUUUGGAUCGGUGCGUUUAUGCGGCAGUGCGCUGGCACUCUGAGGACUGUGGAGGUGGCUUGUAUGGAGGAUGAGGAUGAGGAAGAUGAUGAGGAUGACGAGGAGGAGGAAGAGGAAGAGGAGUUCGAGGACAUGGAUGAGGAACCAGCAGCAGGCAAACCUGCCAGUCCUGCAAGGAGCAUUGUGCAGCAUGUGUGGCCAUGGCAGUGGCAGUAG